ACUUAAAUGGGUAAAUAAAAAAGAAGAUGGGUAUCAAUUAUCAAACACGGCCUUAUUAAUUUACUAGAAUGGUAUAGAACAGGAAAAAUAAAUCUAUCAUUGAUAGACAUGAAUGGAAUAAUUUUAUGAAGGAUGUAGAAACUAUAAGAAAGUUAGAAGGAUGUAGAAACAAAGGGCUAAAUUAAAACGGGUCCACCAAAUUAAUUUAAUAUGCAAAGCUCACUUUGAACAUUCCCGUGAAAAACGAUAUGCCCAGAAAGUUCAAGAAAUCUCAUUGCUUCCCAAAUCACUAUAAAUACAAUUCACUUUAAGCUGUUUGAUCAACUCAGAAAAAUCUUAAUAAGCAUAAUUCACACCAAAGCUCUAAUCUCUAAUCCUUUCUUCAAUCACCAAUUCACAACUCAAAACCCACUCUUUUUGAAACAAUGUCGAUCAUCCCAAGCUUCUUCGGAGGUCGAAAAACAAAUGUGUUUGAUCCAUUUUCGCUAGACAAUUGGGAUCCUUUUGAUGGCAUUUUCAGCUCAGUUCUUGCCAAUAAUUCACCUUCCUCGGUAGCUCGUGAGACGUCCCAAUUCGCAGCCACAAGGGUUGAUUGGAAGGAGACGCCAGAAGCGCAUAUUUUCAAAGUAGAUCUUCCCGGGCUGAAGAAGGAAGAAGUGAAAGUCGAGGUGGAAGAAGGCAGGAUUUUGCAGAUAAGUGGAGAAAGAAGCAAGGAACAAGAGGAGAAGAACGACAAAUGGCAUCGUCUUGAGAGGAGCAGUGGCAAGUUUCUACGUCGUUUUAGGCUACCCGAACAUACAAAGAUGGAUGAAGUUAAGGCUAACUUGGAGAAUGGAGUGUUAACUGUAACAAUUCCAAAGGUAGAACAGAAGAAACCUGAGGUCAAGACCAUUGACAUCUCUUCUGCUUGAAAUGCUGAUGCUGAAAAUCAAUCCCAAAAGAGUGUAAUAUAUAUGUUGUGAUUUACUUUGUGUAUUGACAUAAUAUAAUAAUCAAGUGUUUUUGUUUAUGUAAUCUGUUUGUGAGUACAUGUAAAUGGUGCUAUUUAUUUGCAAUUAAAAGUUGUGUGUUUUUUUGCAA